UUGAAAAGACUCCAGGCUUUGGCUUGGAAAAUCCAACCGCCAAAAUUGAGCCCAGCAGCUGGAGCGGCAGCGAAAGCCCUGCCGAAAACAUGGAAAGGAUGAGUGACUCUGCAGAUAAGCCGAUUGACAACGAUGCGGAAGGGGUCUGGAGCCCUGACAUUGAGCAGAGCUUUCAGGAGGCGCUGGCUAUCUACCCGCCAUGUGGGAGAAGAAAAAUCAUCUUAUCAGACGAAGGCAAAAUGUAUGGUAGGAAUGAAUUAAUAGCCAGAUACAUCAAACUCAGGACAGGGAAGACGAGGACCAGAAAGCAGGUGUCUAGUCAUAUACAGGUCUUAGCAAGAAAGAAAGUUCGAGAAAUUCAAGCCGCCAUUAAGGUUACAAGCAUGGAUCAGACUGCAAAGGACAAGGCCCUGCAACACAUGGCAGCCAUGUCAUCAGCCCAGAUCGUCUCUGCCACUGCCAUUCACAACAAGCUGGGGCUGCCUGGGAUCCCACGCCCCACCUUUCCUGGGGCACCAGGGUUUUGGCCUGGAAUGAUACAAACAGGGCAGCCUGGAUCCUCACAAGAUGUCAAGCCCUUUGUGCAGCAGGCCUACCCUAUUCAGCCAGCGGUCACAGCCCCCAUUCCAGGGUUUGAGCCUGCGUCAGCCCCAGCUCCCUCAGUCCCUGCCUGGCAGGGCCGUUCCAUUGGCACAACCAAGCUUCGCCUGGUGGAAUUUUCAGCUUUUCUCGAACAGCAGCGAGACCCAGAUUCGUACAACAAACACCUCUUCGUGCACAUUGGGCAUGCCAACCAUUCUUACAGUGAUCCAUUGCUUGAAUCAGUGGACAUUCGUCAGAUUUAUGACAAAUUUCCUGAAAAGAAAGGUGGCUUAAAGGAACUAUUUGGAAAGGGCCCUCAAAAUGCCUUCUUCCUUGUAAAAUUCUGGGCUGACUUAAACUGCAAUAUUCAAGAUGAUGCCGGGGCUUUUUAUGGCGUAACCAGUCAAUAUGAGAGUUCUGAAAAUAUGACAGUCACCUGUUCCACCAAAGUGUGCUCCUUUGGGAAGCAAGUAGUAGAAAAAGUAGAGACGGAGUAUGCAAGGUUUGAGAAUGGCCGAUUUGUAUACCGAAUAAACCGCUCCCCAAUGUGUGAAUAUAUGAUCAACUUCAUCCACAAGCUCAAACAUUUACCAGAGAAAUAUAUGAUGAACAGUGUUUUGGAAAACUUCACAAUUUUAUUGGUGGUUACAAACAGGGACACACAAGAAACUCUCCUCUGCAUGGCCUGUGUAUUUGAAGUUUCAAACAGUGAACACGGCGCACAACAUCAUAUUUACAGGCUUGUAAAGGACUGAACAUGAUUAUUUAUAUAUAUAGAUAUCUGUAUGUAUAUACACACACUAUGUGCACACACACACUCUCCAUUAUCAAACGACUGACUGUAAACCUCACCACACAGAGUGGUGGUGCCCUGGCCCCGAGGUCACCCCAAUUUUUCUAAAUCUUGUUUGAGUGAAGUCAUUUUUUUUCAUGUGUUCAUUCUGUCAUAGCUGUGAAAUUCUGGUACAGUUGUAAAAAGAAAAAUUGAAUCGUUUCUAUGUGUUCUUCAGAUCUGUCGUAUACAAUUCCUCGGGAAAGGGGAAACUUAACAACCUAAGUCUCUCUCUCUGCAGAGACCUGUUUCUUAUUGUGGUAGAAAAUACUGAGACAGAGCAUUGGCCAUGGGACAUUUACUGCCUUUAUACAAAUGUAUUUAGUUCUCUCUCUCUUUUUAUUUCAACAUAAAAUUCUUGUUUUAAGAUACAAGUAAAAUUAAUCUUUAAAUAUAAAUGUAAAUUAGUACACAAAACUAAGAAUCUUUAGACUUAUCUUUGUAACUAAUUAGGGUGGAAGUUAUGAAAGAAUGUAAUUCACUAAAUUAUUUUUUAAAUGAAACCUUUCUUUUUUUGAAACCAAAUGUUAAACUAUAGCCUUAAGAAAUGCUUGGUAGAAAUAUUCUAAUGAGAAAAAUUUGUACUUCUUUCCUCAAGGUUAAAACUAAUCUCCUAAUCCAUUAAACUCUUAAACAAGAUAAUACAAAGGAAGAAGACUUCACCCCUUAUCCUUAACAUAUAUAGUAUAUUUAAAAAAUGUAAAAUUGUAUUGUACUAAUGUGAUGAUUGAUUAUUUAAUGAAAAAGAAAAGAUGGCUCUUUUUUGCAAUAAGUAGAUAAAUACUGAAAAAUUUAAGCUUACAAUGUUUAUAGUCUUGUGUGUGCAGUUAUAUUUUAUAUGGACAACCAAAUUUUUUAUUGAGAUGAGUAAAUAUUCGAUCCACUGAAAUUUAAUAGCAAAAGUCUAAAAUUGGCAUGAAUACUGCACUGUGAGCUGCAAAGAAUAGAGAAUCCUGUGGCUGGGAGAAAACUUCAUUGACCAAACAAGUAAAAGGCUCAUCAGUUAGGGUCUGUGCUCCCCCAGAAUGUUGUGAGCAUCCCCACCAGCCUGUGGAUAAAUUCUUUAUUUCUGAUGACCCAAUAUAAGUAGGAACCUGCUAUAACUGUAACUAUGUGUGUAAAUAUGUGUACUGAGUAUGUACACAUAUACAUCUGUGGCUGUUCCACUCCCAUUGAACAUCUGUUUAGUAGUACUCUGUUAGCUAGGUGCUGAUGUGUGUAUGUAUCUCAAUCUGUGUCUGUAGUCUUAGAUCUGUUCUCUCUAAGAAUGCCCAGUACAGCACUUGUUGGACUUAGGUUUAAGAAUUCCAUCCAUCUUUGGACUUUUGCUACCAGGCUCAUUCAGGAGGUUCUCUUUCCUAACUAAAUAUUCCAAAGCCUCGCCUGGGCAGAGUUGAUUUGAUUGGGCCACAUGCCUUGGGUAAUUUCCAAAAGUGCUUCAUCGAGGAGGGAAGAGGAAGCCUUCUUUAAAGAAAAUGUUUUUUUUUUGUAAUCAUUUGGAAUAUGUGAACACAAUAGGAUAUGAAGUCUUGUUAUUUACAAUCCAUGGCAAGAUUUUUUCCACCAAGGCUAGAAAGUACCACACCAAGUGACUUACUCUGUCCCUUUCCCUGCCAUCUGCUCUAACCCUCUUGUACAUUGUUCAGCAUUUUGGGGCCAUGAGUGUAGUAUUUGGAUGGCUUGUCGCAAAAAGAACAGCACUGUAUCAGUGUCUGAGAGCCUGACUUCUCCCAGACUCACCAAAGGUCACUAAGGAAAACAGGAGAAUUGUCUUAUUUGGAAACAGCAUAACUGUCUUAUUUGGAACACAUCUGCCUUACAUAUAUUGGUAGGACAGUACUCCAAAACGAGGUUACCUUUGUGUACCUGGCUACGUGCUUCCAAGCAAGCCUUUGAAGGACUAUCCUGGUUUCCAACCCUUCAAAACUGUUCUUCAGCCCAAACACUUAUACAUCUUCCAUAGUCAUCAUAUUUACUAUAACUUCUGUUGGGCAUCCCUUUUAGGGAUGUUUCUUUGGUCUCUAUUUCCUAUACCUUUCCUUAAGAGAAUCCUAACUACCCCAAAGACUAGAACUUUAUGAAAAGGUGUAUGUGGCUAAAAGUCAGGCCAUCCAGGAGCUUGAGAGGUGUCUGGAUGAUGUUGUCAUCCAGGAGUGAGAUUCUUUUGUGUUUCUAGCAGGACUGUGAGGAUUCAUUUGCAAAGUACAAAAAAAUAGACUGAAGAAGACCAGCUAAAGGUUAGCAGUUAGCUGUAGGGUCAGGCUGGAACUACAGUGGCUUCACUGUCCUCAUGCCUCUGAACACCUUUGUACUUGAGUUUUAGUGUUUAUAUGAAUGACUUUGAGCGUUAUUUUUUUGCUCUUUUAUGAGCCAUAAGAUUCUUUAAUAAUAUUUUAGAGCUUUCUACAGGACAGAUAGUUUUCCUUUUUAGUCUCUGGUCCAGUUAUCCCAGGUCUUGGGCUUGCUUCUU